CAAAGUUGCACUGUCAGAUCAAUUGAUGAAAAUCCCGCAGCCAGAGGACGACUCGCAAGUAAAGCUGCUUCACCUACCCAAAUUCGCUUCGUAACGCAGCACCGCGUGAACCUUCUCUACUCUUUAAUUUCGAGAUCUGAUUGGUAGUAUUAAUGAGACCCGAAAGGUAUUCUUGCCAUUUUUAAUUAUUAUUAUUCGGUGAGCUCUGCUUUUUGUUUGUUCCGGAAUUUCAGUUGUUGACGGCGUGAAAUUGGUACUUUUUAGUGGUUGUCCACUUCGAGAGGAUAAUUGCUGCGUUCACUGGGAAAGUUCUGGUGGCAGGAAGGCGAUAUGAGGUUUCUCGAUUGGGAAUUCGUUUCGAAGCUGGAAGUGAUUUGAUGACAGAUGGAUUUUGAAUGAGCGAUAACGUGGUCCUUCUUAUUUUUCUGCGGUUUGAAUUAGGUUUGGCGUGCUUUUGAGAGUUUGUGCGUUUCUGUGGAAUCUGAAGUUUGAGGAGUUCUGUCGGAGCUUUCGCUUUGAGUGCGUAAUUUGAUGAUCGAGAUCCGUCUGCGGUGGCUUUGGGUGAUAAUGUUACUGGAAUAGUAUUCGGAGUAUUAUUCCACUAUGGUUUAGCAAAUUUGGAAGGAUAAAGCUGAUUUAUUGGAUUCAGGUGGAGAAUCCAGACACGGGUCGUCAGUAAUAACUGGUUAUUGGUGUCUGGUAUCUGGUAUCUGGUAUUUGGAUUUUGGGCCCAUCAGUAUCAUUUUUGGGGGGAAAUCUUGUUUACGAGGUCCGCAUCUAUCGCUGAUCUUCAAGCUAAGUGAGUUUGGAAGUUACUUCUCACCAUGUUUUCUACUGUCCUGGUUUGAAUUGGUUAUGCCAGCGGCCAGAUGAGAAUUUAACAAUGACUGGGACAGCAGAGUUGUUGGUAAAUGGAUGCUCCAGACAGGUCAUUCUCUGAUAUAUUGGGCUUGCUGAAAUCUUGGAUCCCUUGGCGCUCCGAGCCAGCUAAUGUGUCGAAGGACUUUUGGAUGCCCGAUCAUAGCUGUAGGGUCUGCUACGAGUGUGAUUCUCAAUUCACGUUGUUUAACCGGAGACAUCAUUGCCGGCACUGUGGGCGAAUUUUCUGUGGCAAGUGCACUGCAAACUGGGUUCCCGUACUGUCUGGUGAGCCAAGGACUGCCUGUGAAGAGUGGGAGAAGAUUAGGGUCUGCAAUUUCUGUUUCAAGCAAUGGCAGCAGGGGUUAACUACCGUUAAUAAUGGCACCCAGGUUUUCACUGUGGUACUCAGUAGUUCACCAUCAGCGGCAAGUUUACUCAGCACCCCCAAAUCUAGCUGCAUUUCUUUUGCGUCAAUGCCAAACUCAGCUGCCUCUUGUCAACAAAAUCAACCUCCUGUUCUCAGCCCUCACCAAUCAGCAGCAAAGGACACAAAUAUAGAGAGGGAAGGUGUUCUAUUAUCAGAAGGAAUCAAUAAUCAUGUUGCUGACAAGAGGAGUCCAUCUCCAAACCAAUUUGAGUUUUGCAUAGACAGGUGUGAUGUUGAUGAUGAUGAAUUUGGAGUUUACCAGUUAGAUUCCAGAACAAGGGAUUUUCCGCAGGUCAAUGGCUAUUAUGGUCCUAUGGAGUUUGAUGAGAUUGAAAAUGACUAUAGAUCACAUAAACGGUGUCCUGAUGAGGAAACUAUUGACACUAAAAGUAUUUGCAGUUCUCAGUUCCGCAAUAGCUUUGAUUCUGGGGUUUCAGAAGGAAUCCAACAGCAUGCCAAAAAAGAAGAUGAACAUGAUAUUGGUGAUGAAUCUGAAGCACCUUCCUCUCUUUAUGCUGCAGCAGAUGUAGAUGCUGAACCUGUCGAUUUUGAGAACAGUGGACUUCUAUGGCUCCCCCCUGAGCCAGAAGAUGAAGAAGAUGAAAAGGAAGCUCUUCUGUUUGAUGACGACGACGACGAGGGGGUUGCUACAGGGGAGUGGGGGUACCUCCGCUCUUCAAGUAGUUUUGGAAGUGGGGAGCAUCGAAGUAGGGACAGGUCUAAUGAGGAGCACAAGAAGGUUAUGAAGAAUGUGGUUGAUGGGCAUUUUAGGGCUUUGAUAGCUCAGCUAUUGCAAGUUGAGAACAUACAUUUGGGUGAGGAAAAUGACAAAGAAAGUUGGUUAGAGAUAGUGACGUCUUUGUCAUGGGAGGCUGCUUCACUGUUAAAGCCUGAUAUGAGCAAAGGUGGUGGAAUGGAUCCCGGAGGAUAUGUGAAGGUAAAAUGCAAUGCUUCUGGGCGGCCCUCUGAGAGUGUGGUGGUCAAAGGAGUUGUCUGUAAGAAAAACGUGGCUCAUCGGCGGAUGACAACAAGAAUAGAGAAACCUCGCUUGUUGAUCCUUGGAGGGGCUCUUGAAUACCAACGAGUUUCUAACCACUUAUCAAGUUUUGAUACUCUGUUGCAGCAGGAAAUGGAUCAUCUAAAGAUGGCCGUUGCAAAAAUAGAUGCACACCAGCCUGAUGUUCUUUUGGUGGAAAAAUCAGUUUCUCGAUUUGCGCAGGACUAUCUUCUUGCAAAAGACAUAUCACUUGUUCUCAAUAUUAAAAGACCACUUUUAGAGCGCAUAGCCCGCUGCACAGGGGGUCAGAUUGUUCCUUCAAUUGAUCAUCUCUCAUCACAAAAGUUGGGAUACUGUGACCUUUUUCACGUGGAGAGAUUUCUAGAAGAGCACGGUACUGCUGGGCGGGAUGGAAAAAAGUUGGUGAAGACAUUGAUGUAUUUUGAAGGGUGCCCCAAGCCACUGGGAUGUACUAUUAUUCUCAGAGGCUCUAAUGGGGAUGAGUUGAAGAAAGUUAAGCAAGUGGUCCAAUAUGGUGUUUUCGCAGCUUACCACUUGGCUCUAGAAACGUCUUUUCUUGCCGAUGAAGGAGCCUCUCUUCCAGAACUACCGUUGAAUUCUCCAAUAAACGUAGCACUUCCUGAUAAAGCAUCAAGUAUUGUGAGGUCGAUAUCUACAAUACCUGGUUUCAGUGUCCCUGCCAAUGAAAAAACAAGGGGACCUCAAACUUGUGAAGAGCCACUAAGAGCUAACAGUGUUCCCUUUUCAGAUCCGGCCUCCUAUAUACCUAAUACUUCCUUCCCAAAAUUGGAUACAGUAGGGUUGAGUUUACCCAAGAGCCCAAGCUCUCAAGACCUAAAACCCAUUUCAAGCUUUAUCUACUCAACUGCUUCUUUCUCCUCUGUUGCUUCUUCAGGGCAAGGUGUUGAUGAUUCUUGCUUCAGUGAACCCUCUCCUUGUCAUGCAUUUACAGAGAAGAGUACAAUGGUCUUCAAACAAUCUUCAGAGACAAAAUAUUCUGCAGUCAACAGUAAUAUCCAAGAUUUCAUUGUUGACCUAUCAAUUGGUAAUGUUGUUGGAUCUCUUGAGGCAGUGGGGCAAGGUUUACCUGAUGAUAAUGCUCAAAAUGACUCCAAUGCUGUGAAUAAACAUUACCUAGGUAACUUAGAGGUAUCUUCCCUGCAACGAGAUGUAAACCUUAAUGAAGAAUUAGUUUCUUCAAAAGAAGAGUUUCCUCCUUCACCUAAUAAUCAUCAGAGCAUUUUGGUUUCAUUAUCAUCCCGGUGUGUGUGGAAGGGAUCAGUCUGUGAAAGAUCACAUCUCUUUCGUAUCAAAUACUACGGUAACUUUGAUAAGCCUUUAGGCCGCUUCUUACGGGACCAUCUGUUUGAUCAGAGUUACCGAUGCCCGACUUGUGAUAUGCCAUCAGAAGCUCACGUUCAUUGUUACACUCAUCGACAAGGUACCCUUACAAUUUCUGUGAAGAAGUUGCCAGAAUUGCUCUUACCAGGUGAAAAGGAAGGAAAGAUCUGGAUGUGGCACAGGUGCCUGAGGUGUCCGAGGAUUAAAGGUUUCCCACCAGCAACACGAAGAGUUGUGAUGUCUGAUGCUGCUUGGGGCUUGUCUUUUGGGAAGUUUCUGGAACUCAGUUUUUCAAACCAUGUAGCUGCUAGCAGGGUGGCAACCUGUGGCCAUUCACUACACAGAGAUUGUCUUCGGUUUUAUGGAUUUGGAAAAAUGGUUGCUUGCUUUCGCUAUGCGUCAAUUGACGUUCACUCUGUUUACCUUCCGCCCCCCAAACUGGAUUUCAACUAUGAGAAUCAAGAUUGGAUAGAAAAAGAAAUGAAACAGGUAGUUGACGGGGCUGAGCUAUUGUUUGCUGAAGUACUCAAUGCUCUCAGUAAGAUGGCAGAGCAAAGACCUGGCACAGGACUGCUUAAUGGUAGCAUGAAAGUGCCUGAAUCAAGACGCCAAAUAGCAGAACUGGAAGUCAUGCUCCAAAAAGAGAAAGCAGAAUUUGAGGAAUCACUUCAGAAAAUUCUGAGCAGGGAAGUGAAGAAAGGUCAACCUGUUACUGAUAUUUUUGAGAUUAAUCGAUUACGAAGACAAUUACUCUUCCAGUCUUAUAUGUGGGACCACCGUUUGAUCUAUGCUGUCAGUUUAAAUAACAGGACCCUCCAGAAUGAGAUAUGUAACUCCAAUUCAGAAAUUUUGGAGAAGCCACUUAAUGAUACUGAGCUGCUCGUAGAUACAAAUGUUCCUGUUAAGCCAGGAAAUGAACCAUGUAGUUCUGACUCAGUUCUUGCGGAUAUAAGGCUUAAGGUAGGUCAUGAUCAUGGAGGAGAAGUUGGUAGUCAUCCUAAACAGGCAGAUGUAAUUCAUCAAGGAAAUGCUCUCAAAAUGGAUUCAAACCAUGAAAAAGAAAAUCCAAGUGAUCUUUCUGUUUGUAUGAACAGCUGUGCUGAAUCUGAGCCUCCAGAAUCCAAAUUAGUUGUUCAUAGGACUCUAUCUGAUGGGCAGUUCCCAAUUGUGCCAAGUCUGACAGACACCCUUGAUGCUGCAUGGACUGGUGAAAAUCAUCCAGCAAUUAGAAUAGCAAAGGCUGAUUCUUGUCCACUUCUUGAAUCAAAUGGAGGUGACUCUUUAACUGUAGCAUCGGUUGUUGAAAAGUUGGAGUUUGAAGACCAUGGAGGUAACCAGAGUGGGCCCACAGUAUCCAAUUCACUCCCUGUAUUGUCCAUUAAAGGCUCUGAUAAUAUGGAGGAUUAUGUAAGCUGGCUGGGAAUGCCCUUCAUAAAUUUCUAUAAGUCUUUGAACAAGAACCUUUUAGGGACCAGUCAGAAGCUUGAUAUGCUUGGAGAGUAUAAUCCUGUUUAUGUUUCAUCAUUUCGAGAUUUUGAACUUCAAUGCGGUGCUAGGUUGCUUUUGCCUGUGGGCGCUAAUGACACUGUUGUUCCAGUGUAUGAUGAUGAACCAACAAGCAUUAUAUCUUAUGCACUGGUAUCACCAGAUUAUCUUGUUCAGUUGUCUGAUGAAUAUGAAAAGCCAAAAGACAGUGGGGAAACUACUGUUUCUUUCCAGUCUCAUGAUUCAGGGAAUAUUCAAUCACUUAAUGCCUUUGAUGAAAUGGCCUUGGAAUCUUAUAGAAGUAUUGGAUCUACUGAUGAUAGCAUCCUAACCAUGUCUGGACAUCGCAGCUCCUUGGCUUUGGACCCACUCUCAUGCACAAAGACUUUGCAUGCAAGAAUUUCUUUUAUUGAUGAUGGGCCUUUAGGUAAGGUGAAAUAUAAUGUGACUUGUUACUUUGCAAAGCGGUUUGAAGCCUUAAGGAGGAUAUGUUGCCCUUCUGAGAUGGAUUUCGUUAGGUCUCUCAGUCGUUGCAAGAAAUGGGGUGCUCAGGGUGGCAAAAGCAAUGUCUUUUUUGCAAAAACCUUGGAUGACCGCUUUAUUAUCAAACAGGUUACAAAGACAGAGCUGGAAUCCUUCAUAAAAUUUGCUCCAGGAUACUUCAAGUAUCUAUCUGAAUCAAUUGUCACAGGGGGCCCAACUUGCCUGGCAAAGAUUCUUGGGAUAUAUCAGGUUUCUUCAAAGCAUCUGAAAGGUGGAAAGGAAACAAAAAUGGAUGUUCUGGUAAUGGAGAAUCUUCUAUUUCAAAGGAAUCUAACACGGCUUUAUGAUCUCAAAGGAUCUUCCCGAUCACGAUAUAAUCCAGAUUCCAGUGGAAGUAAUAAGGUUCUGCUAGAUCAGAAUUUGAUUGAAGCAAUGCCAACUUCUCCAAUAUUUGUUGGAAACAAGGCAAAGCGGUUGUUGGAAAGAGCUGUUUGGAAUGAUACUUCUUUUCUUGCUUCAAUUGACGUCAUGGAUUAUUCCUUGCUGGUUGGGGUGGAUGAAGAGAAACAGGAGUUGGUUAUUGGUAUCAUUGAUUUUAUGAGACAAUACACUUGGGACAAGCACCUUGAGAGUUGGGUGAAGGCUUCUGGCUUCCUUGGUGGGCUGAGGAAUUCAUCUCCUACAGUCAUUUCCCCUAAGCAGUACAAGAAAAGGUUCAGGAAGGCCAUGACAACAUAUUUUCUGAUGGUCCCCGAUCAGUGGUCUCCUGCUACCAUCAUACCGAGCAAGUCCCAGACUGACCUUUGUGACGAGUACUCCCAAGGUGGCGGGACACAAGUCGAGUAAAGCCAUACAUCAGUGAUCAUCACUGGUCUCCCCGGGAACUCUUCACUCCAAGCAAGUCCCAGGACUGAUCUUUGUGAAAAGAAGUCUCUCAAGAUGGUUAUGGGACACAACACAAGUCGAGUAAAGCUGUAAAUCAGUGUGCCUCUGUACAUUUGCAAGUGUAAGUUUUGGAAAUCAUUCCUGGCAUAAUCCACGUUAGUUUUGCUUCAUUAGUCAUUAUAUUUAAUGAUUCGUUUUUUUUUUUUCUUUUGCCUUCUUCCGGCCGUCUUCUGAUAACUCUUUCAGAUUGUAGUUCCCUCUUGUCGUCGUCUUGUUAAAAUGAGAAGUGCAGGACAAAGGUUAUGGCAACCAUUAAACCUUCUCUGGGGGGACUAAUAUUGGAUGGCCUCCCAGUGAAACUUUUGUAUAUCAUCACCCUUGUAUUUACCAUUCAAUAUGUAUACGAAUAUCAAUGUUGUUGA